AUGAGCACUAAAUAAGUAGAAGUUCCUAUUUAGAAAGGUAAGAAAGAUAACGCUCAACUUAAAUCAACUAAAAAGUAGUAGUAAUAAUAGUUACAAGAAUCUAAAAAGACUGAUAAUUAAUAGCAAUAGAAUACUUAAGAGACUGUUAAAGGUGGUAAAAAAACAGGAAUUCCUAGGAAUGUAAACACAUAUUCUCAUUUUUUAAAGCAUGAGUAUAUAACUGAAUAAGAUAUUGAAUGGGUUCUUAAAUUGAGAAACUAAGAUGAUAGUUUAAAAGAAAAAUUAAGUCACAUCCCAAAUGCACCAUUUAGUGUAUAUGAUAAGAAAAUAAAAACAAUGGAAAAAGCUCAUAGUUGCAAAGAUGUUGGGCUAAAAGGGAAUUUAAGUGGUGUCGAACACUUAUUAAGACAUAGACUUGGACCUACUCCAACUCUUGGAACAGUAUAGUUUGAAACUAGCUUAAGAGAUGGUGAAAAGAAAGAAUAAAAAAUAGUUGAAUUAGAAAAGGGAUGGAAUAACAUACCUAAAAAAGAUAAAAAAGAAUUUCCUAAGUUUUUACCAAAAUUAAAAGAAGAAUUGGAAUUACGAAAAACGUUUAAGAAAACCGGAAAACUAGGGAAUCUCUACCAUGACGGAUUUGACAGAUAUCUAAGUUUACCUAAGUUUUCUGAAGCUUUUAGAGAGAAAAAUAUAGCUCCUCAUAUACAUUUAUGCAGACCUGAUGCAUUUACUUCAACAAUAAAUUGGGAAACAUCCCUUAGAUGA